AUGACUUCCAAGAUGAUGAACAACAAUAAAAGUGAACCGCCCAAUGCUUUAGAAGUUCCUAAAAGAAGAGGAGAUUUGAAAAGACUUUUUUCAGAAAGAUCCAAAACAAGAGGCGGCAGAGGUCGUGGUAGAGGAAGAGGUGGAAAAUCAUCAAAAGUACUCUUGGAAAAUAACAACAACAUUGAAAUGCCAAGCAGUGAUGAUAAUGAAAUGAGUCCUGUUUAUGCUGUAGAAGAUAAUGUUAAUUCUGUGAAAUUGAGACCAAAGAGGAAAACAGCAAAGGUUCUAGUCUAUGAAGAUGACAGUGAAAUGGAAGUUCCAGACAGCCGGGAGAUCAGUCCUGUCGUUGUUUUGGAAGAUGUUGUAUUAAAUAGUUCUUUACUAAGAGAGGCCUCUGUCCUGAUGGCAAAUAUGGAUUUUUAUGUUGAUCCAACAGAUAAAGAGCCAACUGAAGCAUCUAAAAACCAAGUGGAACAAUCAACCCAACCAGAGGAAAAAUCAGAGAAACCAGAUGUACACACAAAUAUACAACCAGAAGAACAAACAGAAGUACACACAGAUAUACAACCAGAAGAACAAACAGAAGUACACACAGAUAUACACCCAGAAGAACAAACAGAAGUACACACAGAUAUACACCCAGAAGUACACACAGAUAUACACCCAGAAGUACACACAGAUAUAAAACCAGAAGAUUGA